UGGUUCGUGGAGGGCAGAAUGGAAACCUCAUUUGGCUGACAAAUGAGAUCCUGUGACCCUAGAUUGCGAGCCUUUACCUCAGCACAAGGUUGGCAUGGAAGUCUGGGAUAACCCUUCAUUUACAUGCAAAUAAGCAGAGGAUGGAAAAUAUGGAAAUAAAGAAGUGGCUGGGAGGACCUUGAUUGGGACAGUUACCAAGAACAAACUCACUCAAAUCACCUGAGCCUCUCGUUUCCCAUCAUGCUCAGCGAUCACCACCACCAAGAUGGCCGAAGCGAUGGAGGAAUAUGAGAAAGAAGCUGGCUGCGUCCCUAUUCUCCAUCCCGAGGAAAUCAAACCCCAGAGUCAUUACAACCACGGCUACAGUGAGACCACUGUGAGCCGUAAGAACCAUGUGGACGACUACAGCACCUGGGACAUCGUCAAAGCCACGCAGUACGGCAUCUUCGAGCGCUGCAGGGAGCUGGUGGAGGCGGGCUUCGAUGUCCGGCAGCCAGACAAAGAAAACGUAACGCUUCUCCAUUGGGCCGCCAUCAACAACAGGAUAGAUCUGGUCAAGUACUACAUAUCUAAGGGAGCCGUCGUGGACCAGCUGGGAGGAGACCUGAACUCCACUCCUCUGCACUGGGCCACCAGACAAGGCCAUCUAUCCAUGGUGGUGCAGCUCAUGAAGUACGGCUCGGACCCCUCUUUGAUCGACGGCGAGGGCUGCAGCUGCGUGCAUCUGGCCGCACAGUUCGGACACACCUCCAUCGUGGCUUACCUCAUCGCCAAAGGACAGGAUGUAGACAUGAUGGAUCAGAACGGCAUGACUCCUCUGAUGUGGGCGGCGUACAGGACACACAGUGUGGAUCCGACCCGGCUGCUGCUGACCUUCAACGUGUCGGUCAAUCUGGGCGACAAAUAUCACAAGAACACGGCGCUGCACUGGGCCGUGCUGGCUGGAAACACCACGGUCAUCAGCCUGCUGCUGGACGCCAACGCUAACGUUGAUGCACAGAACAUCAAGGGCGAAACGCCGCUAGAUCUCGCCAAGCAGAGGAAGAAUGUUUGGAUGAUCAAUCACUUACAGGAGGCGCGGCAGGCCAAAGGCUACGACAGCCCGUCCUACCUGAAGAGACUGAAAAUGGACAAGGAGUUCAGGCAGAAGGUGAUGCUGGGAACGCCCUUCCUGGUCAUCUGGUUGGUGGGUUUCAUCGCGGACCUGGACAUUGACUCGUGGCUCAUCAAGGGCCUGAUGUACGCCGGGGUCUGGAUCACCGUGCAGUUCCUCUCCAAGGCUUUCUUCGACCACUCCAUGCACAGCGCUCUCCCUCUGGGUAUUUAUCUGGCCACCAAGUUCUGGAUGUACGCCACCUGGUUCUACUGGUUCUGGAACGAUCUCCCCUUCGCCACCGUCCACGUUCCCUUCCUGAUAAACAGCCUGUUUCUGUUCUACAACUUUGGCAAAUCCUGGAAGUCUGACCCGGGGAUUAUCAAAGCGUCAGAGGAGCAGAAGAAGAAGACAAUUGUGGAGCUGGCAGAGACAGGCAGCCUGGAUCUGAGUAUAUUCUGCAGUACCUGCUUGAUACGGAAGCCCAUCAGGUCCAAACACUGCGCCGUGUGCAACCGUUGCAUCGCCAAGUUCGACCACCACUGCCCCUGGGUGGGGAACUGUGUUGGAAGUGGAAAUCACCGCUACUUCAUGGGUUAUCUGUUCUUCCUGCUCUUGAUGAUCUGCUGGAUGAUCUACGGCUGCAUUUCCUACUGGAGGAUCCACUGCGCCACCAGUUACGCUAAGGAUGGUUUCUGGCUCUACCUGACCCAGAUCGCCUCCUGCUCCCCCUGGAUGUUCUGGAUGUUCCUCAACAGCAUCUUCCACUUCAUGUGGGUCGCCGUGCUCAUCAUGUGUCAGCUCUACCAGAUCGCAGCUCUGGGAAUCACUACCAACGAGAGGAUGAACGCCCGGAGAUACAAGCACUUUAAAGUCACAGCCACGUCCAUCGAAAGCCCCUUCAACCACGGAUGCAUCCGGAACCUGAUCGACUUCUUCGAGGUGCGCUGCUGCGGCCUGAUCCGGCCCGUGGCGGUGGACUGGACCUCUCAGUACACAAUAGAGUACGACCAGACGUCCGGUUCCGGCUACCAGCUGGUGUAGAAGAGGAAGAAGAAGAGGAAGAAGAAGAGGAAUAACUGAUUUGGGAUCGAUGCCGGGAGCGCUUGCUUUGUUCGAAACCAUCUCUCCCUCACCGAUCAAAAAGACUUAGUUAAAAAAAAUCAGCCAAGACUAGCAUGCUGUUACAGGGCAACACCACCACCCCCUCCCUCUCCUCCUUCUACUACUAUUACUACUAUUGUACAACAUCAUUACUGUACCUCCACUUGCUCCCCCCCCCACCACCACCACCUCCUCCCGAUGCCCUUUGGACGGUGCGUUGCUGCCAGGCAGGAGAGGAGGGAGGAAACCACGGAAAAGUAAAAGCUGUUUUAUCCCGGAGGCUUAAAAAGCGGCAGUAUCACCCUGACCCCCCCCCCCCCCAUCCAGCCCCCCCCCUGUCCUUAUUCUUAUUUAUGGUGUCCCUGUUGAUGUGCCCUGUAUGUAUGUGUUGAGGAAAAAGGAUAAGGCGUCCAGAGAAGGAUUUUGUUUUUUAAAUCAGGAAUUUGUUUUUAAGGAUGAUAGAGAUAAGGGAAUGUCUUUUUUAAUCCUCUUGAUUAUUUUUGCACCGGGUUUGCCAACAUCUCAUCAGAGAGGGGGGGGGGGGGGAGUGUUGGGUUACAGACGGAGCUGCUGGAGGACGGGUUUCCUUCAGUCCUUCAGCAGCUCUAUAGUGAGGGAGAGAAAACCCCUACAGACAAUGUGACACAGGAAUAUUUAUUUGAUAUGUAUUUAUACGUUUAGUCGCCAUCAUUUUUACAUUUCACACUUUCUUUUUAAGCGUAGUAUGAUUUUACGCUGUCGGACGUGGAAGGAAGGUUACCAUUAAACAAAACUUUAUUGACAGGUACAGCGAGCGUAUUUAUUAGCACGAGUUUACAGGACGGUUCAUUCCAUGUGUGUUUCUCUCUCAGAAAGAAGUCUUAUUUUUGAGUGUGUGUGUGUGUGUGUGUGUGUGUGUUUGUCUUUUGUCUUGCCUAAAACUUUGCACUGAUCUUUUUUUGUUUAUUUUUUUUGUUUUUUUGUUCGGCUGUUACUGAACACCAGGGCCCAGCGGCGCCGCUUCACAGGACGCUUCCAUUGUUUACAAAGGACAUGCCCUGCCCCCUUUUUAACCCCCCCCCCCCCCCCAUCACUUCCUGUCAGCAGCAGCAGAAGCAGCAGGAUGGACUGAAGAGGAUGUGUGCACCUGUACUUAAAUCUCUCUGUAACUGUUUUCCUUUUCGUCAGUGUUAGUUUCGAGGUGCUCCUGGAUUAUUUUUUUACUUUGUUUUUUAGUUUGCCAGCACUGUGACCCCGGAGAUGUGGAGAACCCCAAAGAUGUAUGAUACAAACGCAUAGUAGGGGUCCCCGGUACAUGGAAACUGGAGGAUGCUAGCUUUCAAGUGUUGCACAACUAGCAUUAAUUAGCAUAUGCUGACAAUGGCUGAAGUUUGCUUGGCUGAUUUGCACAAUUUUGGAGGUGGUUUUUGGGGGUUUAUUGAGGUUGCCGAGUCCAUUUAUGAUAUUUUCAGGAUCAAAAAUGGCAGAAAGUGGUCAUAUUUGUACUGGUUUUGACUACCAUGAGUUGUGUUGCGACCAUUGGAUACAGAGAACAAAAGAUCUGUCCAAUCCGAAUGAUCCAGAGUCCAAUCAAGCUUCAAAAUCGACCCAAAAUGCAUCAGAACCAGCAGACCGGGUGUACAAAUAAGGCCUUUUUCUGGUUCAAGCUACCACUGCUUAUCUUGAAAUGUAAAAAAUGGUCUCAGCAUCCUCAAUAACCUCCAAAACCACUCCAACAUUGUCCAAAUCCACCAAUCCAUUUUUUAGCUAUUGUCUGCAUAUGCUAAUUGCGCAACAUCCUGCAGUUUCUGUGUGCUGGAGACCCCCUGCUAUGCAUUUCUAUGAUAACACUUUGGGGUACUCAACACUUCUGGGUGCACAACAGGACUCGUAAGAGCUGGCAGACUACUGGGGGAUUUCUUCAAACCAAACUGAGAGAAGAAGAAGUGACUCCGGGUGUAUGGCUGUAGCUUUUAGUGGCGUCCCACACUGCUGUCUAUAGGACCCCCCCCCCCCCUUUCCUCUGCGGAAAAUCACUCUGCAUGUUCGACGCUCGGGACGGCUGGGCUCUCGCUGUCCGACCCCCCCCCCCCCCCCCCAUAGUCAUGGCCAUGGUGACAGCCCGGCGAGCCACGUGUCUGUAUAUAGUGAAUGUUGAGUAUCAAGUACUUUUCUGCAUACCGUUCUUUUACGUCUUGUUUUCUUUUUAAAAAUCUCAAAUCCAGUGUGUUUCUUAGUGGGAUUUUUUUCCUUCCAGCCCUCAUGUACAAGUGUGUGAUAUAUCUGAAUGUUCCAUGCUUGUGUAGUCCAUCCUUACAGGGUUUUUUAUUUUAAAAUUCCUACGUUAUAUAUAUAUAUAUCGCUGGGUUUGUUAUACCACUGGAUGUACAAAUUGUAAAGCAAAGACACUAGAGAACUAAGGCCGAUUUUUGUUUCCGUUGGUUUUCUAAACAGCUGUGUUCAUGCAAUAGUUUUAAGUAUACAAAGGGAGGUUAUAUUACAGUUAGGCCUCCGGAAAUUAUUGGGCCUCAUGUUUGCAUCAUCAUGGAGGAUUCUUCAUCAUGUCACUCUGGAUAACCAAACACUGAUGUCAUUUCUGAGCUUGUUUAUGUGCUUUAAAAAGGUCACAUGGUUUCAUAUCAGCACCAGUACCCGACCACGUGGGUUGUGACGAGGCCUCUUCAGCGACGGGCUUGUUUUUGUUUGUUACCGGGCAGAGUUCAGCACUCGCAGCUCAUCCAGGACACAAACUCAGUCCUCACUAGUUCUUCCAGCAGCCUGAACCCCCUCCCCGCCCCCCUCCUCUCUCACCCCAAUCAUGUGGGAAUAAUAAAAAAGAAGUAAAAUAUACAAAAAAAAAAGUUAAGCACAUAAUCAUCUCCAGUGCCUCUCUGCCCACCUUCAGACAUCACUGUAACUCCGCUUCAGAUGUAAACAUAUGGGCAUGGUUCAGUUUUAAUGGCUUUAAUAAUAAAAUACAGUCAAAUGUGGAGAGUGUGUGU